AUGACCCUGCGCCUGACGCUCUCUGUUUCCGCCAACGGCGGCGGCGGCGGCGGCAGCAGCAGCAGCAGCAGCAGCAGCAGCAGCAGCAGCAGCGCCGGCGGCGGCGAGGCAGCCGCGGACUCGAGUGUCGGAGCUGGCGCCACAGCUGCCAGCCGGCUUGCCGACUUUAACUUUGGCCUGCAGCGCGACGAUGGCCGCUGCAAGCGCUUUUCAUUCAAGAGCCACGUGCGCAGCCCGUCCUCUUACUUCUUCUACUGCGGCCGCCGCCGCGCCCCGGAGGGCGCCGGCUGGCUGCGGACCGAGCACGAGGUCGCCGCGUGCCCGCAGGGCUUCCGGCGCGCGUCUGUGCUGCUGCGUGCGCGCGGCGCUGCCGGCGGCGGCGCGGGCUGUGAGGUUUGGGUCGGUAGAGGUGUGUUUUGUGCCGGCCUAUGA